GUCCAACAUUUCAAUGCUUUGUUUGUUUCAAUAAAGCAACACGUUGCUAUGUGAAACUUGUUGUCAUCGGCCUUAGUAACCAUAAAAUAAUACAGUGCCUCACUAUGCUGUUUUAUCAUCUUGUAGCAUGUGUACAGCAAGGGCACGGUUCUCUUCGUCAUAAAUCUUCAGGAUCGGUUGUCUGUCAUAACUUAUAGCAGAAAACAAUGACAGUGAGACAUUAACUACACAUGUAAAUGAUUGAAUGAAUCACAGAGUGGUGUCUUCGGGCACGGGCUUGUUAAGCCAGACGCAGCAAAAUAUGUGUUCAGACUUUGAUCAGAAACUGGUGGAGACAGUCCAAGUUAAUAAACUGACAGCAGCCUGGGUUUAAGAAGAGGCACAAGGUUUCCUGUCAGCUUGGAGAAGAGUGGACACACGGGUGAGUCUGAUGUUUUUUGACUGUAAUGUUGUACAAUUUUGAAGUUUAGCAUUUAAUGAUUUUUAGAUGAUUUGAGGAUUGUAUGAACUGAUAAUGUUACAUAACACAUUUUAAUGGAAAAACUGUUUUUUUUUAAAUGUUUUUGUCAAUUCUCUUCAUUGACAUUAAUGAUCAAUGUGUACUUUUGGGUCCGGCAAGUGAUGGCAGUGGUACAGGGGCCCUUCUUGGUUGCGGUGCUGCUCCUCGUCUCCCCUGGCCUCCACUGCUCCUCUCCCCCACCGGCCUGUCCCGAGUCGUGCACCUGUCAGGGAGCUCCCCUGUUGAACUGCUCGUCCUCUGGCCUCUCCUCGGUGCCGCAGCACAUCCAAGAUUCCGUCACUGAGCUGGACUUGUCUCAAAAUCGCCUCGAUACUGUUACACUCCACCGGCCAUAUCGUAACCUCAGGAAUGUAUGGCUGGAAAACAACACUAUCACACGCUUGUCUCUCUGCGUAGACAUAAACCUGGGAACCCAAUCUGUCAGAGGUAGACAUUCAGGACAAUUGGGACCCUCGAGAAGACGCAGAUGUGUGUCUUGGGCCCCCGCCCUGCAGCUGCUAUCUGUUGAGAGGAAUCAGCUGAUGCAACUCCCAGAGGGGCUGGAAGGUAGUGCAUCCUUAUGGGUUCUGCAGCUCUCCUUCAACAGGAUCUCAACUCUACGACCAGGAGAACUAAGACAUCUUCGACAGCUAAAAGAGCUCCACCUAAAACAUAACCUCAUCACGAAUCUCCAUCCACAGAUGUUCCAGGAUUUAGCCCAGCUCAGAGUCCUUGAUCUGAGCUUCAACAUGUUGACCAACCUCCAUCCUUCGAUGUACCUCUCCCUGCGUAACAUUGGGUCAGAUGUUAGGCUGGAUGGGAACAGGUGGCAGUGUGACUGCAGCAUGCGCAGUCUAAGAAGGCUUAUGGCCUAUGACAGCAACAGAGGCCUGCAGACCUGGGGCGUGGUGUGUGCUUUCCCAUCUGUCCUCUCAGGCAAAGACCUGCUACAGUUGGAGGAGGAUGACCUAAACUGUUUUGGUACUGAAAACAGUCCAGAGCUCCAUCGAGAUGUGACGGUCUACAGCGGCUCUGAGAUACUUCUGUCUUGCUCUAAACAAGAUUCCUCGUGGUUGACGCCCAGUGGUCAAGAAUCUGUGAGUGGACCUCAGGCUUCUCUGUUCAUCGGUGACGUCACUGAGAAAGACACAGGACUAUAUGUGUGUAUGACUGAAGACCAUGAGGUUGUUUCUGUUUUUAACCUUCAAAUCAGUAGAGUAAAACAUGCAAGAAGAAAAACAAGAAGUUUGCCCAGAAGUAGCCGACAAGUUAUCCCCCAAAUCACCACAAACAGGAUAGGUCAAGAAAGGAAUCAGAGAGCUACACAAUGUGACCUGACUCUGGCAGUGUGUCUGUCAGUUUUCAUUACGUUUCUGAUAGCCUUUAUCCUUGGGGUCUUAGCAAGACCUUUUAUUGAUGUUCUUUGCGCAAAGGUCACUAAAAAGAGAAGCAAAUCUGCAACCAACUCUGUCUCAUCUGCAGAACAAAGACAAUAUGAAAAUGAAGCCUACUCCGAAGGUGAGGAACCAGAAGACAUCGUAACUCACAGGGAAAGGAGAGUCACAUUUACGACCGUCAACAUUGGAGAAGAUAUUAAUGUAGAAUAUUAUGAUACCGUAGCCAGUGGUAAUCAGCAAAGCGUAGAAGCAGCAAAGACUGAGGAGGAUGAGCACACAGCUGGAGACUCAGGAAGUGAAAACGGCUCAAGACAGAUAAAUCCAGAAAAUAACCAGCGAGAUGCAAGAGACAUCUCAGGCACCACUGAUACAAGACGCAAACACAAAGUGCAGUUUGACGACGUCCCGGACUCUGAAAAGCUGGAGGAGAGAAGUUUGUCUUCAUGCUCAGAUUCUUCACUAUCUGACAGAGAAUUAAAAAAGGAUCAAAUGAACAAGAGAGACCACACAUCAGCCGAGUCUCUGCAGCAGGCAGAAGACUCUGUACAGCAGGGAGCUGAUUCCUCAACAUCUGAAAUAGUAGAAGUGGAAGAAUUAUCCAUCGAGAGGACAAGUGAAAUUCCAGAAUUCUCUUCUGUGCCCUUUGCAGAUUGGUCACCACAUGCGCAGGGGAAUGAAGAACAAUUUGAUUUUAGUGAUUCAGUUGGAAGCAAUUCAGCGAGGUCCAGCAGUUUGUUCGGUUCUUUUAAUGAUUCAAAACGUAAAGUGCUGCCCACUUCAGACAUCCAAAGCAGGGAUGAUGUGUCCAGCUGCAGCUCAUCUCUCAGUGAGGAUGAGCCUACGCAAUACACCGUGAACCCAGACCAGGAGGAAGAAGCUACAGAAAACAACCACAAUAAAUCUGAGCUCACAAGCAGGCCUCCAAUGGGAUUUAAUCAGGGUAAUUACCCACAUGACACACUAAGGCCUGCAGAGAGACCAGAGCAAACCCUUUCCUCUCAAUCCAGCGACAGUGAGCAAAUGCAGAACAUGGUCAAUGAAAAAGUAAAAAAAGAAGAGGUGACAGAAUAUUAUAAGCCAAGCAGCAGGAUAGUUGCAGGGGAGAGAGAUACAAGAGAGAAAAUUAAACCCAUGCCACGGUCAAAGUGGCGUGGGGUCAGUUUGGGUGUUACCAGUUUUGGUAAGAGUCUCGAUCCCACAGCACCUUCACCACCUGCGGCAUAUUCAUCGUCUUCCAGCAGCGAGAGUGAAGCAGAAAUCACAGACCGUAAAGUGAAACAUAAUAAAGGUAGAAAUCUUGAUCCAGAUGCAAGGUGGCCUGCCCUAGAUCUUGAAAAUAUCCCUACCAUCAAGAGGCGUCUAGACAUCAAAGCACCAUCACCAUCUCCUGAUUCAUCCUCUAGUAGUGACAGUGAGGAUGAAACAACAGGCCACACAGACAAGAAGAGACCACAGAAGGUUGACCAUUCAGGGCUUCUUUUGAAAGAAUCUCAAACCACAAAUCUUGAUCCAGAUGCAAGGUGGCCUGCCCUAGAUCUUGAAAAUAUCCCUACCAUCAAGAGACAUCUGGAUGUCAAAGCACCAUCACCAUCUCCUGAUUCAUCUUCUAGUAGUGACAGUGAGGAUGAAACAACAGGUCACACAGAGAAGAAGAGACUACAGAAGGUUGACCAUUCAGGGCUUCUUUUGAAAAAAUCUCAAAAAGCUAAUCUUGCUCCAGAUGCAAAGUGGCCUGCCCUAGAUCUUGAAAAUAUUCCUACCAUCAAGAGGCGUCUGGAUGUCAAAGCACCAUCACCAUCUCCUGUUUCGUCCUCUAGUAGUGACAGUGAGGAUGAAACAACAGGCCACACAGACAAGAAGAGACCACAGAAGGUUGACCAUUCAGGGCUUCUUUUGAAAGAAUCUCAAACCACAAAUCUUGAUCCAGAUGCAAGGUGGCCUGCCCUAGAUCUUGAAAAUAUCCCUACCAUCAAGAGACGUCUGGAUGUCAAAGCACCAUCACCCCUCCUGAUUCAUCUUCUAGCAGUGACAGUGAGGAUGAAACAACAGGUCACACAGACAAGAAGAGACCACAGAAGGUUGACCAUUCAGGGCUUCUUUUGAAAGAAUCUCAA